AGGAGUACAUCACUAAAUUUCUGUCUACUUUUUCAGUGGCAUAAAACUUCCUUUGUUUCUAACAUCCUUUACAAAAUGCUGACAAAAUUCCAACAAUUACUUCUUGACUCUACAUACUAUUGGGAAAUCUUUUCCCACUUGGUUGAUAUAGAUUCACUGAAAAGCUUGACAGAUUACUCAUUUGGCAUUGGAAUUGCCUUUGCUGUCAUUGCUAUUGUUGUUACCAUCUCAUUCUUCGGCAUAUCGAAACCAAAAGGCUGCUUAGACCCAAAGAAAUUCAAGGAAUUCAAGCUUGUUAAGAUAACAAAGGUGAGCCAUAACACUAACAGAUUUCGAUUUGCACUUCCUACACAUGAUUCUAUAUUGGGUCUUCCUGUUGGCCAACACAUCAGAUGCAGGGGAAAGGAUAAUGAAGCUCAAGAAGUUGUCAGAUCCUAUACCCCAAUAACUUUGGACUCUAAUAAAGGCUACUUUGAGCUUCUUGUGAAGAUUUAUCCUCAAGGGAAAAUGUCCCACCAUUUCAGUCAAAUGCACGAGGGUGAUUUCCUGCCUGUGAUGGGACCUAUGGGGAGGUUUAGGUACCAACCUGGCCAAGCUAGAGCUUUUGGCAUGCUUGCAGGAGGUACCGGCAUCACUCCUAUGUUUCAGAUUACUAGAGCCAUAAUGGAAAACCCGAAAGACCAGACAAAAAUCCAACUUAUUUACGCUAAUCAUACAGUUGAUGACAUACUUCUCAAGGAUGAUCUUGAUCGCUUUGCCAGAAAAUACCCAACACAAUUCAAGGUCUAUUAUGUUGUGUCUGAGCCGCCUGUGAAUUGGGAUGCUGGUAUCGGGAACAUAUCCAAGGAAAUGAUUCAAGAGCAUUGCCCUAGACCUGCAACAGAUGCAAUGAUAUUGAGGUGUGGCCCACCAGGAAUGAAUAAGGCUAUGUCAGUUUACCUCAAUGAACUUGGAUACAAACCAGAAAUGCAAUUUGAGUUCUAAUCUACAGUUUAUAAAUGUAGCCACAACCAAAAGAACAUAUGUAUUUGAAAUUCUCUUGUUCAGUAGAUAUCAUGUAAACGCCAGAGAAGCUUUGUUGCAAUUACCAAUGUACAACAUAUCCUGUUUAAGCGUGAAAGGGUGAUAUAUGUAUUUAUCUGUGAUGUGAAUGCCAUUAUAUAGUAGUAUUUGCUAGAUUA